CGAACUCCAGGAAUAUGUUUCUGGCUCAUACCUAAGCAGGCUGCUCUGCCGCCUCUAUGAUUAGUUUCUACCUUGACGUUUACAAGGCCGGUUCAAAUUCAUUAACAAAAGCAGCGGCACCGGCAUCACCAUCACCAAAGCAGAGAAGAGAACCACCACCAUCAUCACAACUUGCAACAUAACCAUCAGCAGUAUCAGCAGCAGAAGGAACUGCAGGACAGGUGCAGCAGCAUGCAGAACGAAGUGCCUCCCUGCACCAAGGUGCCCACCGUGGAUAUGGGUAACCUAGGCGCGCACCAUGUGGAAGAGCCCUGCCAGCUGGAGUGGGAGCGCGUGACGCGGGAGCUAGAACAGGCAUUCAGCGACAUAGGAUGUGCCUAUCUCACCGGCCACGGCGUGCCUGACCACCUGAUCAAUGAAAUGCUGUCCACUAGUGUUGCUUUCUUCAAGCAGCAAGAAGAGGUUAAGAUUCGUUGGGCUAAAGAUACUAAUGUACAUGGAUACAUGAAAAUGAACUCUGAAAGAUAUGCUGGAGCAGGUCCUGAGCUGCAUGAAAGCUUCCUCUUUAAGCCAGACAGUUACAGUUCGUGUAUUGAAGAGGCUCCGCUGUUUAUGACGCCUUUACCGUCUCUGCAUGAAUUGCAUCGGACUCUCUCUCGGAGGCUGAUGACCUGCCUCGCUCUAAGUGUUGGAAAGAAUCGAGAUCACUUCGUGAACAUGCACCUGGAAAGCGGCACCAAGAACAGCUGCAGCAUUUACCGUCUGAACUAUUACCCACUAACCUCCGAUGGCCGCGAGGACGUGACUGGAUUUGGUGCUCACAUUGAUUUCACCACUCUAAGCUUUAUCUAUAACAACGGCUCGAAAGGCUUACAAAUUCGUGACUCAGCUGGGCAGUGGAUAGACGUGCCCUACGUCCCGGGUACCAUACUGUUACUGGCGGGGGAGUUCCUCCACUUCCACUCCAACAAGAAGUUCACACUAGCGAUGCACCGUGUCGUGCUGCCCAGCAAGGUCCAGCCCGGGCAACCUCCUCGCUGCACCUUGAUUUGGUUUGAACAUGCUGACUCACAUCAGCCAAUGUGGCCUCCCAGUGAAGACCCCAACCAGCCCGCUCCUCCGGGUGUCAAGGAUUACUUGCUGGAAAAGAUUAAUGCAGCAUAUAAAUCAGGGUCCAGGGAUUAAGAAAAGUGUCAGAACAAACUUAAUGGUCAAUAAUAGUUUCCUUAUUGUGUAUCCAUUUUUGUUUGGAAUUUGGUCAUUCGUAAUUUCUUCUACUUCGGUGUGGUCGACGACCGUUGUCAAUUGUGCGUAUGCUGUGAUCGAGUUUUCCAUUUACUACCAUUACUGAAAGUCUUUCGUAAUGUAUUGAUGUGUACACACGUACAGGCUGGUGUAGAGUGCAUGUAAAUGGCUAACAUAUUUUUAGUACCAUUUUAUUCUUGCAUGUAUAUUUGCAUAAAUAAAUGAUAAUGAUUAAUGAUAAUAAUAAAUAACAUAGAAGUGUGAAAUAAGUUUAUUUAUGGGAGUCUAUAUCAUAAAAUUCUGAAAUAUUGAUCAAAAACAGAUUUUCAUUAAUACUCCUUGAAUGGUGGGAUACCAUUCAUACAUGUUAUUUUUCCCUUGCUCAUCUCUGACUAUUUUGAGUUACACUAAGUUCCUGAACGUUAAUCUGUGUGCUAAAACUGUAAAGGAAAACAAUAGAAAUAAAAACAAAUAGAAUAAUACAAAAGACAAAGUUCGUAAAAUUGGACUUUGGAAGUAUUGACACUAUGUAUUAUAUGAAUACUUAUUGUUGCAAAAUUUGUUCAUUGUUGAAAUUGUGAAUACGAUAUUGUAAAUAACGAUAAGUAGAAGUGACAGAAAACAAUUGAUAGAUACUGAUUAUUUUACAACUCUUAAGAUCUAUAGACGUAUAGUUGUGCAUAUUUACCGUAUUUUCUGAGUAUUCUUAAGAUGUCCGUUCGUAAGAAAGCAUAUGUAUGUUUUGUGCAACGUUUCUUGUGCAUUUUGAAUGAAGUUAUGAACUUUAUCGGCGAUUUUGUUGCGCUGACAUACUUAUUACAAAGUAUUGAACCACCAUCCCGUCAGUAACAUGGCUUGACAUUUAAUAAAAUGUCGAAAAUAUUGA